CUUAUUAACAAAGACUCGUGGAUGACUUGUUGCUUUACUAUUAUUUUCUUUACUAUAAUCGGGUAUGACAAGAAUUAAUAUUGCAAAUGUGUUGAGGACGAGAAUUCCAGAAUAGCAUUUUAAAGAAAGAAGCUUGUAAAAAAAUGAGAAUCAGAGAAAAGUUAUCAUCGUAUUGUGGCAUAAGUGGGGAUGAGCAUUAUAUAUAGACUUUACAGACACUCAAACUUGCCACAAUCUUUUUAAUUCUUCUUGAGUCUUCGUCUUUCCGUAAUUUUUUAUUUGUUAUUUUGGUUAAAAUAAUUUUUUUAUUUUGUUAUCAAGUUUUUUGUUUUAUUUGGUGAAGUAAAAAUAGUCAAGGUCACUAAAUAUGAAGUAUCUUGUAAUUCUACUUAUUUCUGUGAUAUAUCUCGUUAAUGCUGAUAAUGGCGAUUAUGUACCAAGAAGCGUUUACUUUAUUGAUGAGAACGGAAAUCCAUCAGUUCCACAACCAAUCAAUUCUGGACUUUUAAAUCGUGUCAGAAGACAAGUACAGCCAGGUUUCGGAGGGUUUGCAUUCCCACAGCCAGUCUUUAACUUCCCACAAUUCCAACCAGGUCAAGGCCAAGGACAAGGCUCCUUCGUUCAAUCAUCACAAACACUUUCAUCUCGUUUUGGUGAAGAUGAGCCAGUCAUAACCGGACAAACUCAAACUUUCCAUACCUCCGGUGGAAAAUUCCAAUCUACAAGCACUGUCUUACGUCCUGACGGAUCAGUUCAAACAAAUAAACAAACUGGUAAGGUAAAGCGUCAAACAUCUCAAGUUCAAAGUCAAGGAGAUGAAGAUGGAUCAAACCAAUUACAAUCACAAUCUAAUGAUCGUCCUACUGGAGCACAAUUCCAAUCACAGAAUCAACAUGGUAUGUCACAGACACAAUCUCAAGGAGCAGGUCCACUCCCUCAACAGCCUCAACCAGCUGACAGACAAAAUAUUCCACAACAACCUCAACCAGCUGAUAGACAAAACUUGCCGGAACAACCACAACCUGCUGAUAGAGCACAAAACUUGGGACCACAAGGUCAACAAGGACAUCCCCAAGCCCAGCAAGGACAUCCUCAAGGUCAGCAAGGACAUCAACAAGGAGGUCAACCAAACUAUCAACAAGGAGCUCAACCAAAUUAUCCACAAGGAGGUCAGCCAGGAUUUCAGCCUGGUUUUGGAGCAUUCCCAUUCGGAUUUGGUGGUUUUGCACCAGGAUUUGGAUUUCCACAACAAGGAUUUGGAUUUCCUCAAGGAGGAUUUGGAUUCCCAGGCGGAUUUCCUCAACAAGGUUUUGGUGGAGUUCCACAACCCCAACCAGGCUUCGUAGGUGGUCAAAAUUUAGAUAACAGAUUUGGAGAAGAUGAAGUUCCAACAGGUGUUGUUGGCGUAGGACAAACAAUCACAAGUCAAAAUGGUCAAUAUCAUGCAACAAGCUCAAUUUUAAAACCUGAUGGACAAGUCAUUACGACUCAGCAAAGUGGUAAAUUUCCAAAAAAGAAUUAAAUCAUUUGUGCUGUGAUUCAUUAAACAUAAAUUAUUACUAUAAUUAAAAAACAAAAAAUCUUGUAUGUGAGGUGAAACUUUCAUUUAGCAUGACAUAUAGCAUGUACACAGUCACAUUGCACAAUAUCAUUUUUGUAAGCAUUUAUGUGUUAAAAUGUUCAAUAAUAAAAACAGAAAUUUAAGACUUAAUUUUUUACCAUGAUUUAUAUAGGAGCACAUAAAGGAUAAAUAAAGCAGUAGACAGCAGUAAUCAUGGAUUAAAUAAAUA